AAUAACAUAUCAUUUAAGAAAAAAUAGGAAUUGUGGGAAGAACUGGUGCCGGAAAGUCAAGCUUGGCUGCAGCUAUGUUCAGAAUGGUUGAGAACAUGGCUUGUAGUGGAACAAUACUUGUGGAUGAUAUUGACAUCAAGACCAUUGGACUGGAUGAUUUGAGACAAAGAUUGUCAAUAAUCCCACAGGAUCCUGUUCUUUUUUCUGGCACAUUAAGAUUUAACAUGGAUCCAUUUGGAAAGAACGAUGAUAGAGAAAUUCAUGAAGCACUGACAAGAGUGCAUUUCUCCAGCACACAGUCGUAUAAGAACUUUGACAACGGCUUAGAUGGUCAGAUUACAAGUUCUGGAACAAACUUUAGCGUUGGAGAAAGGCAGCUUCUUUGCCUUGCAAGAAGUUUGCUAAGAAAGUCCAAAAUCCUUAUUAUGGACGAAGCAACUGCAGCAGUAGACAAUGACACAGACCAAAUCAUUCAAGCAACUAUUCGAGCCUCUUUCCAGGAUUGCACCGUUCUAACAGUUGCCCAUCGCAUCCAAACAAUUAUUGACAAUGAUCGUGUCUUAGUGAUGGAAGCUGGACGCAUUGCAGAGUUUGAUACCCCCAAGAACCUCCUCAAAUUAACAGAUGGACUUUUCUUCAACAUGGUCGCUCAUAAUAAAGCAAGGUUAAUAUGAGAUCUAUUUCUUUUAAAAUGUCUUAUCCAGAAGAGUAUAA